AUGCAGUGCCUUCAUCGUCCCUGUCAGAAGGAAUAUCUCCCAUUGUCGGGUUUUGUUGGAGGUGUCCUCUACUCUCAUUACUGUGAAAUUGGAGGAAAGCCUGGUACGGUAGCGCCAGGUAGGACGGGGUUGCAGGAGUCAUAUAGGCUACUGAAACGGAAAAGGGCAAAGGUGACGAUCUAUACUUACAACGCACGUACGCUUGCAUCGGAAGCGGUCAUCGAAGAUCUGAUGAUGCAAGCCAAGAAGAUUAAGUACGAUGUCAUCGGACUGACCGAGUGCGACAGUAGAGGUGUUGGUGGAGUUGACGUCCUCGUCGACACAAGUAUGGCAAUGAACAUCGACUCUUUCGAACAACUUACGACCCGAAUCGGACGUCUGCGGAUGAGAUGUGGUCCAACACUAGCUUUGACUAUCUUCGUCGCUUACGCUCCAACAUCAAGCUACGAAGAAAAAGAAGUCGAAGCUUUCUAUAUACACCUGGAGAAGUUCUACCGAGAUGAUUAUACCUUCUACAAGGUCAUAAUUGGCGAUUGCAACGCCAAAUUUGGCCGAAGAAGAACGCUUGAGGAACUUCACAUCGGGAUCCACGGCCACAAUGGAAUGAACAGGGGCUUUUGGGAAGAUUCCGCAAUGGACAACAUCGACGAGGAAUAUGACCGGCUUAUUGAACACCUUCACGACUGCACAAACAAGGCUGAGAGUUUUAAAACCACCAAAAGACGCCUCUCUCUUGAAACUCUUGAGCGUGGAGCAGCACGAGCCGCAGGAAACCAAGAACUCACGUCCGAGCUUGCAAAGCUUUGCAGAGAGGCGAUAAAGGAAGACCUUAAAGAGAGAAGAGCAGAAGUACUGGCUGAAGCUGCAGAGGCGGGGAAAAGCAUCCGCUAUGCCGAACUAGACCUCGCCAGUCACAAGAUGAGGAUGACUACUCUCUGGAACCCGAAGGGAGCAACCAUUGCAUCGAGAAGGGAAAUGGAGAAAAUCAUCUACGACUUCUACUCUAAUCUCUUCGACAGUCAUGUCCACUUGCCUCCUCACCAUCUGUGGGAAGACGGACAUGUCAUUCCAAAGGUUCUCCUUUCCGAAAUACGACGUGCUAUCAUGUCGUGGAAGACCAUCAAGACCGUGUUGUUGUACAAAAAGGAAGAUCCACAUGAAAUCGGCAACUAUCGCCCAAUCUGCUUACUGUCCGUCAUCUACAAGCUCUUCACAAGAGUGAUCCUUAAUAGGAUUGAAAAAGUCUUGGAUGAAGGACAGCCAUGCGAACAAGCAGGGUUUCGAAAAAGAUUCAGCACGACUGACCACAUUCACACUGUUUCGAAACUCAUCGAGGUAUCACAAGAGUACAAGAUGCCGCUCUGUCUCACCUUCAUCGACUUGAAGAAGGCCUUCGACUCAAUUUAG